AUGGAGACUGGCGCUGGUCCACACCCGCGGCGCCUGUUAGUCUGCCUGAUGCCGCUCUGUCUCGCGCUGCUUCUGGGACCCGGGCGGCCCGGGACCGCCGAGGAAGUCAUUCUCCUGGAUUCCAAAGCCUCCCAGGCUGAACUGGGCUGGACUUCACUGCCGAGUAAUGGGUGGGAGGAAAUCAGCGGCGUGGACGAACAUGACCGUCCCAUUCGCACAUACCAAGUGUGCAACGUGCUGGAGCCCAACCAGGACAACUGGUUGCAGACUAGAUGGAUCAGCCGAGGUCGAGGGCAGCGCAUCUUCGUGGAGCUGCAGUUCACACUGCGCGACUGCAGUAGUAUCCCUGGCGCCGCAGGCACUUGCAAGGAGACCUUCAAUGUCUACUACCUGGAAACCGAGGCUGAUCUGGGCCGCGGGCGUCCCCGUCUAGGAGGUAGCCGACCCCGCAAGAUUGACACGAUCGCUGCGGACGAGAGCUUCACGCAGGGCGACCUGGGCGAGCGCAAGAUGAAGCUGAACACAGAGGUGCGUGAGAUCGGCCCGCUUAAUCGGCGGGGUUUCCACCUGGCCUUCCAGGACGUGGGCGCAUGCGUGGCGCUGGUCUCUGUCCGCGUCUACUACAAGCAGUGCCGCGCCACCGUGCGGGGCCUGGCGGCGUUCCCAGCCACCGCGGCGGAGAGCGCCUUCUCCACACUGGUGGAAGUGGCUGGAACGUGCGUGGCACACUCGGAAGGGGAGCCCGGCAGCCCUCCGCGCAUGCACUGCGGCGCGGAUGGAGAGUGGCUGGUGCCGGUGGGCCGCUGCAGCUGCAGUGCGGGAUUCCAGGAACGUGGUGACAUCUGCGAAGCCUGUCCUCCAGGGUUUUACAAGGUGUCCCCCAGGCGGCCGCUCUGUUCGCCAUGCCCGGAACACAGCCGGGCCCUGGAAAGCGCUUCCACGUUCUGCGUGUGCCAAGACAGCUAUGCGCGCUCGCCCACCGACCCGCCCUCGGCCUCCUGCACCCGGCCGCCGUCGGCGCCGCGGGACUUGCAGUACAGCCUGAGCCGCUCUCCGCUGGCGCUGCGGCUGCGCUGGCUGCCACCGGCGGACUCUGGCGGCCGCUCGGACGUCACCUACUCGCUGCUGUGCCUGCGCUGUGGCCGGGAGGGUCCGGCGGGCGCGUGCGAACCCUGCGGGCCGCGCGUGGCCUUUGUGCCGCGCCAGGCUGGUCUCCGCGAACGCGCCGCCACGCUGCUCCACCUGCGCCCCGGCGCGCGCUACACCGUGCGCGUGGCCGCGCUCAACGGCGUCUCGGGCCCGGCGGCCGCCGCGGGAGCCACCUAUGCGCAGGUCACCGUCUCCACUGGGCCCGGGGCACCCUGGGAGGAGGAUGAGAUCCGCAGGGACCGAGUGGAGCCCCAGAGUGUGUCCCUGUCGUGGCGGGAGCCCAUUCCCCCUGGCGCCCCCGGGGCCAACAGCACGGAGUACGAGAUCCGAUACUACGAGAAGGGUCAGAGUGAACAGUCCUACUCCACAGUGAAGACAGGGAUGCCUGCGGUCACUGUGACCAACUUGAAGCCGGCUACCCGCUACGUCUUCCAGAUCCGGGCAGCUUCCCCUGGGCCCUCCUGGGAGGCCCAGAGCUUCAACCCCAGCAUUGAGGUGCAGACCCCAGGGGAGGCUGCCUCAGGGUCCAGGGACCAGAGCCCUGCAGUCGUCGUCACUGUGGUGACCAUCUCAGCCCUCCUCGUCCUGGGCUCCGUGAUGAGUGUACUGGCCAUUUGGAGGAGGCCCUGCAGCUACGGCAAAGGAGGUGGGGACGCCCACGACGAAGAGGAGCUGUACUUCCACUUCAAAGUCCCCACACGUCGCACGUUCCUGGACCCUCAGAGCUGUGGGGACCCGCUGCAGGCUGUGCAUCUGUUCGCCAAGGAAUUGGAUGUGAAAAGUGUCACACUGGAGAGGAGCCUGGGAGCAGGGAGGUUCGGGGACUUGUGCUGCGGCUGCCUGCAGCUGCCGGGGCGCCAGGAGCUGCCCGUGGCCGUGCACACGCUGAGGGAUGGCUGCUCGGACUCGCAGAGGCUCAGCUUCCUGGCUGAGGCCCUCACUCUGGGCCAGUUUGACCACAGCCACAUCGUGCGGCUGGAGGGUGUGGUCACCCGAGGAAGCCCCCUGAUGAUCGUCACUGAGUACAUGAGCCAUGGGGCCCUGGAUGGCUUCCUCAGGCAUCACGAGGGGCAGCUGGUGGCCGGGCAGCUGAUGGGGUUGCUGCCCGGGCUGGCAUCAGCCAUGAAGUAUCUGUCGGAGAUGGGCUACGUUCACCGGGGCCUGGCGGCCCGCCGUGUGCUGGUCAGCAGUGGCCUCCUUUGUAAGAUCUCUGGCUUUGGGCGGGGACCCCGGGACCGAGCAGAGGCUGUCUACACCACCAUGAGUGGCCGGAGCCCCGCGCUCUGGGCCGCCCCCGAGACGCUUGAGUUUGGUCACUUCAGCUCUGCCAGUGACGUGUGGAGCUUUGGUGUCGUCAUGUGGGAGGUGAUGGCCUUUGGGGAGCGGCCCUACUGGGACAUGUCUGGUCAAGAUGUGAUCAAGGCUGUGGAGGAUGGCUUCCGGCUGCCACCCCCCAGGAGCUGCCCCUCGCCCCUGCACCGACUGAUGCUUGACUGCUGGCAGAAAGACCCAGGCGAGAGGCCCAGGUUCUCCCAGAUCCACAACAUUCUGAGCAAGAUGGUGCAGGACCCAGAACCCUCCAAGUGUGCCACUACUGCCUGUCCCAGGCCUCCCACCCCUCUGGCAGACCGAGCUUUCUCUACCUUCCCCUCUUUUGGCUCUGUGGGUGCCUGGCUGGAGGCCCUGGACCUGAGCCGCUACAAGGACAGCUUCACGGCGGCUGGCUACGGGACACUUGAGGCUGUGGCUGAGAUGACAGCCCAGGACCUGGUGAGCCUGGGCAUUUCCUCGGCUGAACAUCGGGAGGCCCUCUUGAGUGGGAUCAGCGCCCUGCGGGCUCGAGUGCUGCAGCUGCAGGGCCAGGGGGUGCAGGUGUGAGUGGGUCCCACUCUUACGAGGCAGGGCCCCUGGUGGCCCAACCCCCAGCCCUGCCGGAGGACCCUGGCCAACUGCGCUCCAGCUGUGUGGGACCGAGCACCCUCUUCCUCCUCUUGGGCCCAGAGCUGGUUUGGGGUCACAGUGUCCCCCAUUUCACUGCCUGCUUCUCCCAUUUCCCCCUCUGAACACUUCACUGACCCGGUGCCUAUGGGAAAGAGGUUCGAAUGCCUGGGGGAGACCUCUGAGAGAGUAGCAGGAGGAAAUUCAGGGUCCGAUGCAGAGACAGGGCAGCGAGGGGGAGAGAAGACAGAUUUCAGUUGCCCGGGCUCACACCCCUCUGUCUUCUGUACCCACUGGGCACUGGGGCCUCCCUGGUGGCCCCUCUUCCCACAGACCCAUUGGUCAGUCAAGACAGCAUGGGCCCUGACUCAUGACCCAGUCCAGGGCACCCAUUCAACUUGGCAGUGACUCCACUGUUUGGUACCCUGGGAGUGGGAGGCUGGACUGGAGGGGUGGGGGUCCUAGCCCCCUGUGCUGUGGCUGGGGUCUCUCUGGACACUAGUCCUAAGACCCAGGCAGGCAAAAGUGGUGCUGAGCACAGGGCUGGACCCGGAAGCCCCAGACUCAGGAGCUGACUGCCUGCCCAGCCUGAGGCUGAUGGUCGGGGUGAGGGAGGUGUCCCGGCCGGCCGCACGAGGCUCUGGUGCGCUCGGGGCCCCACCAGGAUCCAGUUUGCAUUCUUUCUAUGAACCGGCUUGGAAGAGCAUAAGGGAACAGGACUUCUCAGGGGUACCUGGGGGCUUGUGAGGAAGCUCAGAAAUGGAUUUUCUCUCUCUAGCAGGCUGUCUAAACCCCUGCAUAUGGGGAAAGCCAAGUCCAUGGGAUUCAGGGCUGGAGCUGGGGUCAGAACCGAGUCGAGGGGGGAGCCUGGUGCGGAGUCCUGGGCCUUGCUCGCCCUGUGGCACCAACAUGCUUCCCUGGGAUAGUCCUCUGGGCCCUCGCCAGCCAGCCUUGUCCCUGGGCACAUCUGGCGUCCCAGGGUGCUCCUGGCCUCCCUCUGGCUUCCACAGAACUCUGGCAGGAGUUACAUGGCGCUGACUCAGCGGUCCUCAUCCAGAAGGGCCCCCAGUGGCAGGGGUGAUCAUGAGGCCAGGGGCAUCAACACAGAGCAGGAUGUGGUCAGGGCUGCAGGGCCAAGUCUGUCCAUGUUCCCUCUGGCGGACGCCUGCUCUGGUCCAGCUAUGUGUGGGUUGGGCAGGGUGGGCUGGGGAGGAGGAGAGGAAGGUGGGAGAGAGGUAAAGGACACAGCCUUCCGCUAGGGACUCUGACUCCACAGGAGCUAAGCUCAGAUGGCCAGGUUAAGACAAAACACCUCCCCCAGUGCCCAGGCCAGCGGCCCUCAGGGGCAGUGGAAGGCGGGCCCGAGGGGCAGGUCUCUCUCACUUGUAUGUAUUGAGGGAUGUCCAGAGAGGCUUCUUGGCUGAAGCGUAAGCGGAACAGGGCCUUGAGGUAGAUGGGGUUUGCAGCAGGCCAAGGACCGGGCUUGGGACAGGAAGAGGUUAGCUGAGAAGGAGCCGGAGGCUGGAAGGUGCAGCACAUCUUUGGGGAGCACCCUGUCUGGAGAAGGUGACCCCAGCAGUGCCUUUGGCUUCACUCUGCCAGCAGCAACUCCUCCCUCCUUGGAGUCCCCCCGACUCCGGGCUCCCCUCUCUCCUGAGCACCUGCCCCACCUCAGUGACUUUGGGGCUCCUGGGACUGACUGAGAUAUUGCUUCUACCUUUAACAGGGUUGGGGGGCCCUUGCUAGGUGCCCUCCUGUCUUUGCCUUCACCAUUCUCUCCAGGAAAGCCUGGAGACCAGCACCCUGUCUUGGGUGGAUGGAACCUCAUUCCUGUUUCCAACCACAUCUGUCAUUCUCGUAAGGUCAAAGCCCUCUGCUCCCCCAGCUGUUUUGCCCAGGAGCACCUGGCUGUGUUGGCAGGACUUCGGUGUCCAGGGUAGAUGUCCCCUCCUCUGAGGAGUGGGAUCCCAGAAUCCUGCUGGGUCCCAGGCCUCAGCCCUGCACAGGUGCUGCUGUGACGCAGGGUGGAGUCUUGGGGAGCCUCUAUAAAUCUAUUUUUAUAUGGAACUGUUCACUAGACAAAGGGAGGUGGCCCGUAACCCCAGCACCCCCAUCUGAGCCCACCCAGGGAGGGAGGGGGCUGGGUGGGGAAAUGGAUCCUUUGACUAAAUCUGGAGAUGUUUUUAUAUUUCUUGGGUUCUAAAUGCAGGACAAAUAAAUACAAACUCGUCUAUGCUCUGGUGCCUCUUUGAGUGGCAAUUGCUUAGCCAGUUGCUGUGCCAUCGAGUGGCUUGUGGGGGAGGGUUUCCACCCCCUCUCCUGGUGGCGGGUGUUGCAGAGCACGUGUCUCAGAUCCCCCAGCAUGGAGGGGAGUCAGGCCUUGCUACUGCCCUGAAAAGCAUCAGUCUAGUGGGGACAGAGUUAAGAAACAUGGUAGGACAGUGUGG